GGAGGUUCUCGAAGUUUCGAUCCUCGUCGGAUCUUCUUCUCCUCGACGGGUAAACAUUUCACAAAUUCCCUAUGAAUAACUAACUAUCGCACAUUGACAUUGAUCCCAGUUUCUUCUCAGUGAGUAUAGAUUAGAUCAUCUUAGUGAUUGAGAUUGGUGGAUUCUGAAGGAAAAAAGAUGAGUGUGGUGGGAUUCGAUCUCGGGAACGAGAACUGCGUAAUCGCGGUCGCGAAGCAGCGCGGGAUCGACGUUCUGUUAAACGACGAAUCGAACCGAGAGAAUCCCGCCAUGGUUUCGUUCGGCGAGAAGCAGCGAUUCACCUUCAGCUUCAGCCUCCGCCACUAUGCAUCCCAAACCAACCAUCUCUCAGCUCAAGAGACUGAUCGGGAGAAGAAGAUUCAGCGAUCCCGACGUUCAGAACGAUCUGAGACUGAUCCCUUUCGAAACUUCCGAAUCCUCCUUAGGCCGUUGAGAUUGAUGCACGAUUGUACUGCAACCGCGCUCGGAUACGGUAUUUAUAAAACAGACUUGGCGGCUAGUUACAGUGUGUUUAUCGAUACGCAGGUGUGCGUGGCGGCGUUUGAGUCUGGGGGGGGGAUGAUAAGAGUGCUUUCUCAUGGCUUUGAUAGAAACUUGGGAGGGAGAGAUUUUGAUGAGGUUUUGUUUAACUACUUUGCCGUUGAGUUCAAGGAGAGAUUCAGUAUUGAUGUGUGUUUCGAGUUAGAGAUUAUGAGAUUGGUCCAUUUCAAAUUUCCCACGGAGAAGCAGCACGUGUCAAAGUUAGAGUUCAGCUAAAUCUCCACGGAAUUGUCAGCGUCGAUUCAGCUUCUCUAAUAGAAGAUCAUAAGGAGAAUAUGACUUCUGACGAGAUGAUAUCCGAAAACAACCAUCAAUCUUCUGCGGUGAAGGAUGACACUUCAGGUUCUACUGUAAGUAUGAUUUAACAGCAUCUAAAGAAGAGCUGACAUAUAGAAAGCUAAUUUCGAAUCAUUGCAUCUCCAUUACUUUCUGAAAUAAUCGAUGAUUGGUGAUCUGCACAAAAGCUGAGAUUAGUUUUUAAUGUGUAGAAUGAUCCUAAGGCUAUCAAAAGAACGGAGAUUCCAGAUGUUAAGAACGUCUCUGGUGCAUUGACAAAGGAUGAGUUAGUGGAGGCCAAACAGAGAGCUCUUUAGUAGAGCAAGAUCUGAAGAUGGAAUCUACAAAGGAUCUUGAAUGCGUUGCAGGACGUGCAAGUACAUUGGGAAAUCAAACUCUCUUCCUACCAAAUCGGAACAUAACGGAUCGCAUGGAAGUAGAAAAUCAGAUGAUAUGGGGCUUCAUUGAUUUUUCACCAAGGCCGCAUAACAGUCUCAUAGUGUAACUCUCAUGUUCGGUUUCUUUUAUUUUCUUCUCUGUCACUGGUUUGAAUUUUGAGAAUCCAAUUUUUCCGCUAAUCAACUUAACACAAUUUAUAUAAAAUUUUAUUUUUAUUUUGUGUCUGCAUGUGGAAUUUUCUCAAUGGAAUUUUCUCAAUUUCAUUGUCUGUAAGGUGAAUAUUUUCAACAGUUUAAUAUUUGAAUAAAUUGGACCGAUUGUGACA